GUUGUUUGCUUCAACAACGGUUUUGGUGUAGCCGAUAAAAACGUCUUUCCUGAUACACAGAUGUUAGGCAACUCAGCUGAGAGCAAAAAAGCCUACGCUAGAUAUGGUCGACUUAACCUAGCCAAUGCGCAUGGUUGGUGUUCAGCAAAAAACAGAAGAAACAAGUACUGGGAUGUGUGGCUUCAACUUGACCUGAAGGAGACAUUUCAAAUUUGUGGUGUUGCCACCCAGGGUGGGACGCGGCCAUCUUAUCGGGUUGCUACCUUCAAGCUAUCGUAUUUUAACUACGAGGAAAAAUGGAGAUGGUAUCUGGACACGGAUGGCUCUGUAAUGGUAAUACUCCCUAAUUUUGUUUUGCAGAUAUUUAUACAGUUACAUCAGUAGUAUAGAAAUAUUGUUUUAGCCCUCUUUUUUUUUUUUUGGGGGGGGGGAUCUUGAAAGAUUUAAUGAAUGCCUUGCUUUUUUAUUGGUUGACUGAAAUCUAAGAAAAAUGAUUAUCGGUUGAUUUAUGUCCAAGGAAUAACUCGGCUGUGACUCAAAAUUACUGAGGCACAACGUAACCAUGUAAGUUAUAUUUCCUGCCGACUUAAUUGUACAAUUUUCGGGGAACAAAUUGUUCCAGAUCUGACGCAAAUCACGCAAAUCGUGCAUAUUUUCAUCAAAAUUAGUUCGAAGGGAAAGUAGAGUUCUUUCUAGCACUAAAAACGUUUAUUUACUUACCCCAACCCCCUUCCUUCCUUACUUACUUCCUUCGAUUCAUUCCUUCUCCACCUCAAUUCGAUUCAGUUAUUUCUCUCCAUCCCAGACGAUCGUGCAAUAAUCGAAAAAACGCAUGGCUAUUUAAUAACUAUUCCAUGAGCGCGCGUUGGAUAUGAGGUGGUAAAUAGCAAACGAGGCGCGUAGCGCCGAGUUGGCUAUAACUAUCUCAUAUCGAAAAAGCGAGAAUGGAAUAUGUUUUCAUUAUUAUGUUUUAAACUACAAAUGUCUGGUUAUUGCAACUGAAUUUUAGUAAAUUGUAUUUUAAAUACUACAAAACGACCGGAUAUUAAAGUGACUCGUGCGCCGUUUGCGAACUUAGUUGAUCGAAAAAUAUGAAAGGCAAACGGGAAAGUGUGUUGUUUGUAUAUAAGCAGAAUACUUCAUCGAAAGUGUGCGCAAAAGGUAUUUACGCACAUACCUUCUGUCACAUUAGGCAGAUUUGCAUCACGUGACGCUUAAGGUUUCACACUGAGUUAAGAAUAUGAAUGGAUUUGUUAACUCACAGAGCGUUGCAGUUCAGUUUUUAUAACAUCAAGUCUUGUUCGUUUUGUCUCAAAGGUUUUCGACAUGGAUGGUGACCACCAGACCAUUAACCAACACUUUUUGCCAAAACCAGUGUCCGCAAGAUAUCUCCGAUUUCAUCCAGUCACGUGGAUCGAUCGGCCCUGUCUUAGGGUCGAAAUCUAUCGAAUAAGGGGUGAGUGUUAACCUCAAGUCUUGAACCUCAUAAAAAUAGAGAACUGCUUGCUUUCCCAGGUAGUAAUUGCGACAAGCUGGUAUCUCAGCCCUAUUUCUUCCUGUAGAGUUGACUACAUUACAGGUUUAAAGGGAAAAAGGAGGCUUAAUCUCUCUAAGGCCUCAUUGAUAAGGAGAUCUACCCCAGGCUAGCCAACUUUCCUUUCGCUCCCUUACAAAACUUGCCGAACCGUUUACAUAAUUUUGGUUAGGGUGUGAGAGCCAUUUUUUCUCCAUAACAGCACUCACCUGGGUCAACUCGGUCAAGGCGAGACAGUGUAAGCAUGCUCGAGAGCUAUUCUCAGUUCUUGGCAGGGGAAGAGGUUUCAAAUUUUCUCUCAUAUCAAUUCUCAGUAAAGUUGAUUUGGCUGGGGAUGUGUCCCUCUUUCCCGGGACGAUUUUUUUUUUUACAUUGACUAUUUUCCAAUUGCCCAUAAUACACUCUGUUUGCCCCCCCAAAUUUUGCAUAAGUUAUUGUCUUAAAAUGCCUUUGGGAAAAUGCAAUACUCACAGGAGCAUUUAAAAACAAUGGUUUAUGCAGAAUUUGGGGCGCAAGCAGAGUGUAUUAUGGGCAAUUGGAAAAUAGAGAAUACAAACAUGGCGUUGGGUAGGCUGAGAAGAUAGCGGACAUCUUACGCCGCCACCACUGGUUUCCCAAGCGAAAUGACGCCUGAGAAAUGAGUGCAAAAAUUCCAUACUGAUCACAAGUCAGUACCAAGAUCUUUGUAUUGCUCGUGAUUGGUGGUGAUUGGUCGUGGGGCGAAGGAAAGUAGCUGGCUUUGCCAUAGGUUCUUGCAGGUGGUUAGGUAAUUUUAAAUUUAAUUUUUUAAUAAACCUUCAAUGGCCAUGGCAAUGAUGAGGACCACAAUGAUGAGGACCACUGGUUUCCCUUUAAGUAGCUUCUUUAUCACUUUAACUGAAUUAUUUGAUUUCUCACAUAUAUAUGUCGAUUGAAGCCCUUUUUUCAAAUUUUGUUUUCGUUUGUUAUCGUUUUAAGUCAAAAAAUGGAAACACCCUAUGACAAAAUAUGAAGUUCUAGUUUUACCAUAUGUAUUCUUGUACUAGCCCUUAAAAAAUUACACCAUAAGUCGAUGAUGAGUGAAGCUCAAAAGCUGACUGGAAAAAAAUUUAUCAAAAUUUGAGAAUAACUUGGUGGAUUGAUAAAAAUAUGAGAGGAACUCGUAUAUCAUUCACUAAUUUAAUUUUUCAACUUCAGUUCUGAUUGAUAUAAUAUAUUGAUCUUUCUUUAUUUUUCUCUUAGUUCAUGGUAAUUGGAGCAGUUGGUCUUCAUGGCCAAACUGUAACAAGCCAUGCAAUGGAGGAUCCAAAACAAGAAAACGACUGUGUAACAAUCCUGAGCCAGCUAAUGGUGGAAGAGACUGUGAGGGCCCAGCAACAGAGAGUCAGACUUGUAACCCUAAUCCUUGUCCAGGUUUGCAUGGCUCACUGAACACAGUCAAAUAAUUUAUUAAAUAAUGAUUAUAUGAAUUUCCUAUCUUUAAAUUGAGUGAUAAAGAAAUACAUAACUGUACUUGAGAAUAUCAUCACAUUUGAAGACGCAACUUAUGCACCUAUAUGUAAAUCCCGUGUUGGGGGGGUAGUGCGGGCAAGGGGCUGGGAUUUGAUGCCUGAGACUAUCCCCCCUGUCGGGCUUUUGAUCGUGCGAAGCGACCCCGGAGUCGGGACAUUUGACUUUGACCGACAGAAGCCUGGUACCAAUUCACAAGUGGUUACCAAGUCUCUCCCUCAAGGCUUUCUGAAAGUCACGCUGUUGGAGAAAGGUGUGAAGUUUUCAUUUGUUUUAAUCGCCAUAAUCCGAUACUUUAAAGUGUCAUCUAAACAGAUAAUGUAUAUUUUGAGAAAGUUUUUAUCUUCAAGUUCCCAUCUGAUUGUAAAACUCGAUUGAAAUCGAAUUCCACCAAGAAAUUCAGAGGAUUUUUUACGGGUCACUGAUCCUACCUGUUCCGACAUGUUGAGCAGCUGUUAUAAAGCAUUGUACGUUUCAUUAAUAUUAUAAUUGCAGGGUCAAUCUUCCUGGAGGGAUUUUGUUGUUCAAAAUAAGAGAUGCUAGCGGAGAGAGAAAAUACUUAAUUACAGCGAGUAAUUUAACGGAGUAUUAUAGCAUUGUUUGUUUAGAUUUUUUCUCCUGGGGUGGGGGCUUUUUGACACUUUUGAUGGACGUUUCGUUUCCCACCCUGGGGAAUUUGAUCCCAAAAUUUUAAAAUUUGUCAAAUCCCCACCCUUUGCCCGAACCCCCCGUCCCCACGGGGUUUACAUUGAUAGGUGCAUUAUGCAUAGAAUAUAAGACUUUUUUCGCAACUGUGAUAGUUGCGUCUUCAUCUGCGAUGAUCUUCUUGACAUUUAUUCUAUAAUAAACAAUUUACCUCGGUCUCAGUCAGUGGAGGAGAGAGGCAAUUCCCCGUGUAGACUAGCUAAAACAUGAUUUUAAUUAUAAACGGUUCAACAAGUACGUUAUAAUUUCAGGACUUUUUUCCUGAUAGUUUGUUUGAAACAAGUUAGAGUUUCUAUUACUUACAAUCUUUUAACUAUGAUGAUUCAACAUUACUUGAGAAAACUUUUUCAGAAAAAAAUAAACGACCUGGUUUGUUGGUUUCAAAAUGAAAAUAAGAAUGGAAUGAGCCCCUGCGCUACUUCGCUCUCUCAUCAACGCCCUUCCUUUCUUCUUGAGGUCGGAAGGGGGAAACAAAAGUUGAAACUCUGGGUGGGGUGACCUUUCACAGAAUGAAGAAAGGCCACCUCGAGUAGUCUAAAACCGAGGAUUGUUGAUGUUGUAUAACUUUGAUUUUUAGCUGGGGAUCUAAACUAUAAGGUCAAGUAUACAGCAAAAACCUGGGAUGCUACUCUUGCAGACAAGGGGAGCUCCAGUUUUACAAAAUUAGCAGGCAAAAUUGGUCAAGAUGUAAGUACUUUGUAGUCGUUGUUGUCACCGUUGUUGUUAUGGUCGUUGUAGUUUGUUGUUAUGGAUCACUCUUUUUCACUUUUCCCAAUUGAUUCUUUUUUAACUGUUUUCUGAUUCCUUAAACUUACACGAAACUUCUAUAAUCAACAAAUUGCAUCUCAGGUAACUGAACUUUACAGCAAAGCAUCUCAAGCUGUGGCAGUCGAAGUGUUAUGGUUCAGGUAGUGUCUUCUUAGCAUAAUUGACAAUUUUAAGAUUUAUAUGUUUUAUAAGCUCUUCACGGCGAUAUCUGAAACAUUUUGCUUAUGUUUUAUACGAUGUUUGGACUCGCUUUUUUAACUCAUCAAUAGAGAAGAGCUUGGAGAAGUGCCUGUGAGGCCGGUAGAGCCCCGAACUGCAGAAGAAUGCAAUGCGUAACCUUGACAACCCUGCGAGUAGCAUCCACCCAGGCACCGUUACAUUACCUCAUUACUCUGCUCUGGCGAUUUGACAGCUUUUGUUGUGUUCAACCAAACAAAUUAUUUGGCCAUUCUAAAAAGGAUUGGUGGCUUAUUUAACCAUGUUUUAUGAGAGUGUAGACCAUUCGGACGACACUCUCUGAAAAUAAAGUUUGUUGCAAUGCGAGGAAAUUUAACGGAUUCUUUAUCAUAAAACAAACAUUAAGGUGGCUCGAUGCAGUUUUUCAGGGUCAUCAACUCCCAAGUUUGAGCAUAAACUACGUCACCAUAAACAAAGAUUAGGAGAAAUUAUCACCACAGUUAUAUUAGAUAAAGAUGAAAAUUUGUUAUGAUCAGGGUUGCAAUGACAUCGGAGUUGUCAUAGCAAUGAAAUGACGCCAUUACCUAUUUUACUUGCAGCGGUAUUUCUCGGCACUGGGAACUGUUCUUCCAAAAUCGUUUACUGGAGCUUUUUCCUACAAUAGCCGCCUCGAUAUUCGUGAAUUUUGAGCGAAAUCUCUAAGAGGGUUAUCGAGAUAUUUUGGGAAGAAGUUUUUAUUGUUAGAAAUACGGAAAAAAAUGGACAAUCUUGAUGUGCGACUGUUACCUGUACUAAACGAAGCGCUUUUGACAUGCAAUUUCACCUCAUAGUAGUCUCAAUCUUUUUAAAAAUGUGUGUGAAAGAUCACGGAGAUACCUCCAGCAGAUUGCUAGAAAGAAGGAUUUGAUUAGUAUGUAUCGGGGCCCUCUUGUUAGCGGUAAUGUACACUUUCCGGUCUACUUUAACAAAUUAGCGAAUAAUUUUUAAACCGCUCGAUAAAUUUUUGAGAAAAUUUAAGUCUUAAGAUAAACCGUCCAAAUUAUAUGACUUUUUUUUUUAGUUUCAAGAUUAUUGAUAUACAGAAAUGUUGUGUUUACAAGUGAGAGCCUCUUAUUAUUCAGCGGUACAGAGCACAGUCAAGCUUCUUAAUUUUUUAAUUAUCGCCCAAUUCGUAGUAUGUCCUCACUUGACGCAAUGGCAACGAAAUAGCCCGGCAUGCAAGAUGUCCCGAGUUCGAUUCUCGGCGGAACUUAUAUUUUCUUUUUUCUUCUUCUCUUCCCUUUUUUGUUGUUGUUGCUGUUGUUGUUUGUUUUUUUCUUUUCGUUUAAUAUAUAUAUUUUUUACCUAUUGUAGUUUUGUUUUGUUUCUUUAUAUAUGUCUUUUUCAUUUUAUUCAUUUUAUUCCCCGUUGCCUUUAGUUAUUUCCCUGCCUUCUUAAUUACUUCUUGCCGUUCCUCCGAAGAGCAGCGCCAGAACUUGCGAUUUACGUAUUUCUAGUUAAUAAAAUUGAUCCCUAGAUAGACAGACUUAGGCUAUAUUCACACAAUACCAAGUGGAAUUUCGAGCGGAAACGAAAAACUAUACGGUGAAGUAUGAACACCCAUGUAUCUGUAGCGUCACUACCCAGGUCUGGGUAGUGCUUCUGUUUUAAUCGUGCCGUGUGGGAAAUUUGAUUCACCUAAUAAGAAGCACAAGCAAGAUCUGGAUUGUGACGUGUCAUCAGUAUGGAAUUUCUGCGCUUGUUUCUCAGACGUCAUUUGGAGGGGAAACCAGUGGUAGCGUCGCCAAAUGUCGGCUGUUUUCUCAGGCUAAUGUAUUUGAUAUCUGACUAUCCACUUUAGCGGUCGGCGCGGCUGCAGCUUUGCUCCGAGCAACAGAAAUCGCGCCGAAUAUACCAUUAGUACAAGUUAACAGAAACCUCAUCCGAUAAGAUUUUCGUACCGACGCGAAAGCUAUCCGCUAUAGCCUAAAUCAGUGACGUUUCUCGUUUAAAGCAUAUGAAGGCAACACGACGUGUGGCUGGAACCCGAACCUACAGAUGAAUAGUACAAAUGGCUUCCUUUCUUUUCAAAAUUUUCAUUCAUUGAUUGUUUAUCUUCUGCUUCAACUUUCAGAAAAGGAAGUGUGGUUGUCAGCUUUAACGUCAGUUACGCGGCAGUAGACGCGCUACAGAUCGUCACAAUGCAAGAGCAAAUUGAAAGUGGAGGAACGUUAGGUGGUAGUCCAGCAGUGCUAAUAAACAUUUCAAGCAACUACGGUAAGGAAGUUCUGAGUACUCAACCCACAGGUUGCCGAAGCUCACUAUGAAAACCCUGAACAACAUUAUUUUACUUAGCUAAUUAAUUAUUCGCAGGGCAACAAUCAGAAGACGUUGUAUGACAAUUAUCAUAUUUCCCUAUAACUGAGCGAAAUUGCAUUGCAUUUGUCCUUUUCUUUUUGUUCAUUGUUUAAAAAGACAAGAAAGACAACUUGGGUACCCAGAGUGUGAACAAAGCACCAUUUUGUACCAGUGCCCGGGCACUAGUGCCCUGGUACUAAGUGUGAACGCACCCAUAGUGAGCUUAGGCUACCUGUGCUCAAAUCAUUCUACAUUAAUAGCUAGAUUAGCGUUAUUUCCACAAUUAUUUUAUUCGACUACAACUUUAAGAAUACCACUAUUCUUUUUCCUUUUUUAAUCAGAAUUUGUUAACUUUGGUGAGCAUUCAAUGGAAAAAGCCAUACUUUCCAUAAGAAAAAUUGUUAAAGCAUUCUUGUAGUCAGCUCAUGUCGCUAUCGUGCAAAAUGCCUUUAUUGUUUAGCAGUUAGCAUGCAUAUAUACUAGCGUUACCCUUGUCACUGAAUCUCGCAAUUAAUCAUUUUCGAACCACGUAAAGCAGAUACGCACGACUAUGAUAAGAAAGUUCAUACCUUUUUUUCAAUUGGCAUUGAAAUUAUCCAGCAUUCAAAACCAUUCCCUUCUGUUGAUAAAAUGACGAAAAUAAUUCAAACUUACCGCCUUGGGUCUUACAAUGACUAGACUUACCUACAACGCUUUUAAUUUUGGAGCACUUUGAGCUGGCAACGCAAUCGUAAACUUUAAAUCAGAAAAGGGAUGAAGUGUACUGUUCACUGUCUUCUUGCGGCUGUUCCACGUACGUUCCUCUUUCUGCGUCCAUUCUAACCUCGGCAACUUAACACUAGGCUUUUUAUGCGUACUAAAAUAGUUAGUGUCUGAAUAGACUUAAAAUGUUGUUGGAGACUAUGUUUAGUUUCAUGUUGUAUAUAUCCUUUCCAUCGUAUAUUAUGGCCCCUUUUAAAAAAUAACAAAUGAGGUGUGGCAAAGCAGUUUUAAUAGUAAGAAGAAGAAGAAGAAGAAGAAGAAGCUGGAACGCGCACCCUCUCGCGAGCAAGAAAUGAGAAACGAACAUUGAAAAUAUUAAAUUAAACAAAGCUUACCAUUAUGUCAAGAUCAUUGAAGUCCUUUCAAGCAAAGCCGAUUCAACCAACCGACGCUUCUCAGACGGUUUAAAUUUCUAACGAUGGUAAAAAGACACCAUUGAAGUAACUGGUGGAAAGAUCUUUUAUACAGAAAAUGAACACAGAAUGGAACUCUAGCAUCCAAAACAUCUUUUCCGACCCUCGAGUGAUGAGGUAUAAACCGACAACUUUGCAGAGUUAUGACUUGGAAUUAAAUGUACGAAAGGUGAAGACUGAUAAAAUACCAUUAUGUGUAUUUGGGAGCCUCAAUUGGGCUACCUGUGAGUAGACUACUGCGCAUACUUCCAUCGGAGUCUUCAUCAAUUUAAAACAGUGAGAAUUUUAAUAUUGUAUUAACUGGAAACGGUUUACGCCAUAUUCAGGUGCAUGUAUGUAUUUUUUAUUAUUUUCAUACUUAUAAACUCAGCCAUUUAAAAAUGGUGGCUGCGAAUGUAGGUAUUGAAGUCCAUUUUUCCUUUGGAAAUGAUCGAAACAGUGAAGAGAUAAACUUUGUUGACGAGGAUGACUUCCUUCUUGAAAAUAUCAUAUAAGCGUAAAUAGAUGAUCGAGUCACUAAAGACGAAUUUUCAGUCCAGCUGGCUAGAAUCCAGUGAAGACUGAGCUGAUGUAAACACUUUGCUCAGGUACCGAUUGCUACAAAAUGUGUUGUAUCUACACUUAUCUUGUUGUGCCUUAAAGAAACCGGAAGAAACUCGUAUUUGUUAACCUUGAAAGGAUUUAACAUAUUUUUUAAUAUUCCACUCGUUUGUGUCUGUUACAUCUUUGCUAUUACGUCACCACAAUAAAAUCAGUCUUUGCUAAAAGUACGUAUAAUGCUUUAGUUAUAUCGUCAGGGUUUUUCAAGUUAUAUUGUAAAUGGAUUUGUAUUUGAAGACGCGAUGCCUAAAUUGUACCUGCUCAGAAGUAGUCAUAUUAAAGUUUUCAACACUCUACAAAAUUUUGCAUAAUUAUCGCACUUAAUGCGACCCGUGAAGUAACAAAUUUGCCAUAUCCCAUAAUUUUGGUAGCUCUUCUGAAAGAAAAUUUUCUUCACUUUCAAAAUAUACAUGGGUCUGCAGGACUCUGUGAUAAAAUACAUAUAUACUUGACAAGCUAUUUUGUUAUCAUGCCCACUUUUGUGUGAAAUUAAUACCUUAUUUUACUUUGUAGUACCAAGUCAACCUCCUGCGAUAACAGAAGCAGUCAGUAAUACAUCAACAACUAUUUACCUGAAAUGGACAGAAGUUACACAACUAAAUCCUGCUAAUAGUACUCUUCUUGGAUAUGGUAUUGUGUAUAAGAAAACAGGGGAGAUUUUUCAAAUAGGUUUCCUAAAAUCCGUAAGCCCGGCACCACUUGAAGCAACUUUGGAGGAUCUGGAAAAGUUUACAAACUACAAAAUUCGAGUGUUUACUUUUACUGAUAAGGGGAAUGGAGUUUCAAGUCAACCAUUCUCGUUACGAACGCAGGAAGAUGGUAAGGUCAAUUUAAUUCUUGAUAAAGCUUUGCUCAUCUGAUAACUGCCCAACAUAAUAAGGAAUCUAAUGUCGUACAGAAAAAAAGUAAAAAAAAAAAAAUGAAUCUUCGUGAUCACGUGGUUGCAGUCUCACAUACUUUCAAACUUGUUAGAUUAUUGUCCUUUUGGUAUAGAUAUAGAAGCAGUGGCCCAUAUUUUGGAUUUCGCAUCAUGCGCACCGUUCAUGCGAUCUCUAACUAAAUCAAAAUGAACCAAUAGGAAAGCUUCAUUUAAUCAAGUCUGAAAAUCACCCAACUUGCCCAGUUGUCAAUACCAGAACAUCAGUACACAUUAACCAUUUUAUCUAAUUUGGAAUUUACCGCUGAAACAAGCUACCUUGUGCAAUGGCUUGAGAUUCUGAUUUGCUCUUGAAAUUCUACUAAAUCAGUCCUCCCAGGUUUUUUUUUAAAGUAUUUUUCUCCAUUCUCCUUUUGUCAGUCCCAAGUCAAAGUCCACCAAAUACAGUUGUUAAAUCCACGAGUUCCAGUACGAUUGACGUGUCCUGGUAUGCAAUCGAAGACUCUUACGUACACGGAAUUCUACUGGGAUACGAGGUAAGGUAUACCAAGGAUGACGGCUCAACUCACGCCUGGCAAACCAUAACUCUGGAUUCAAGUACAUUUACAAUCACAUUAAGUGAUCUGGAAUAUUUUACACGAUACAAAGUCGUGGUUUGUGCCAGAACUUCUAAAGGAUGUGGGAAAGAAUACUCUGCUACUUCCUACACUUGGGGUGAUGGUAAGUAUAGUUCUGUCUACAUUUUACAAGACAGUUAGAACAUUAAAGCAGAUGGUUGCUUUUAUCCUUCUCCUUCUCUGACUUUUUGUAGUAUAGCUUUUUAAAGGCUAUUUAUACGUAAGUUGCAAGCUCGGUUCAGUUCUAAAAAUGAUAUUUGGUACAGUCACUAAUCUUUAAUAGCCUUGUUCUUCUAUCAUUGACACGCAAGUAGUGGUAUAAGGAUGAAAAUAUAUGUUUUUUUGAAGUGGAAUCUCAUUAGUUUGAAAUGGAAGACAUUGACGUCGAUGACAUCAUUGCCUUUUGUUUUUAUGUCAUGAAUAAAAUGAGGAGAAAUCUCAUUAAGCUCAGGGCACUUACGAUUCAUGUUAUAAUGGUUUAACCGGUCGAAAAGGUUUUCUCAGGGCUUUCCACAAGUUGCUCGAGAUUUUCCACUAAUUGCUCAAAAUGUUGGUCAAAGUUGCUCAAAAAACAAUCAAAAGCUGCUUUUUAUAACGAAAGUUGCUCAAUUAAAGUUGCUCGAAAAAGCAAAAACCUUUUUUGGUUUGAUGCCAAAACAUAUAAAUUGUACAACAAAAGUAAGGUUUCUAAAUAGCAUUUUUGUGCAAUUUUGCGACGUAACCAAAGUUGCUAAAUAAUUUGUCCUCAUUUAAAACCAACUGAGCCAAUAAAAUUGUUAAAUGACCUUCUUCCCUCUGUCGAGUUCGAAUCUUCGUUCACCAUUUUGAAUUUUCCCAAAAAACCGCUGACCUAACAACCCGGCUACUUUUAUAUAGAGCCCAUGGUCUGGCAAGGGGGGAGGAUUUGGCCCCUUUUUUUUAACAGGAAAUUCAUAGUAGUUUGCCGUUUGCCGUAAUGCCGAUGCUCAAACUAUCAAUUAUCAUUUAUUGAGUAAGAUGAUCUCUUUUUCUACGCCAAACACCGCGAUUAGCUAAGUGCACGGUGUUGGUGAUCACAGCCGUAACAAAAUAGAUCAAAUUUUGUCAUCGUGCAUACACGAGUUUAGAGAAACUGUAACGGUAAAUGAAGCGUUGGACCCUUUUUUGGCGAACAGUUGGUCACCAAAAUCGUGCGCAUAGCCCAUUGUUUUUGCUCAAUAAACUAAGAAGAUAAAUGAGACAUUAUAAAAGAUCAAAGCUGUAUUACUAAACUACAAUAUCACGACUGUUCUCUGUCAAGUCCAUGUCUACUCUUUUGUUCAGUCUUUUUCAGUGACUUCAGCUGUUGCAGAGCAGACAUGCGACGGGUCUGAGGGGAGGGGAAAGGAAGGGUUGGAAGGCGCCUUUAACAAAUAAAACGUUUCAUUUCUAUUAACUGUAACUGUUGUAUCAUGGAUUGUCAGGGUCUGGUAAAAUUUUGUCCUUGUGAAAUAUCAUUUUAAUCGCUGAUCGUUACUUUUCUUUCUCUGUAAAGUACCGGACAGACCACCACAGAGUAUUGAAGCAGAUAAUUUUACCUCAGAAGCGACCAUACCGGUUACAUGGACUCCCGUUCCAGAUGGUCACGUCAACGGACUUCUGAUAGGUUAUUCCAUAAAAUAUCAAAGAAUUUGGACCGCCGAGAGGUCCAUCUUUGAGACAGAGGAAGAAACCAUAACCGUUAUAGAAAGCGAGAUGUCAGUUCUUCUCCCAGUUCAAACAUAUUCAAGGUACAAGAUUAAAGUAGCAGCGUUUACUCAAGCAGGAAUGGGGCCUUAUACUGAAUAUGUCUACGCAGGUAGGUAAAUGAACCGCAGAAGACGUUUGGUUUCAGUAGGGUGUUUCAAAUAAAUUUUUCCCAGAAAAUAAUGGUAUAUAUAUUAAAAAAGCACUCACGAGCUGAGUGACGUCUGAGAUAAGGUCAAGAACUUGAUAACCCCUUCUUCCUACUUUCUUGUCUAGAAAUGCAAGCCAAACCCUAGGAUAUCUCUAAAUGGCCUAAGUGAGCAUCGUACAACGCAGGUUCGUUACCAGGGCCCCUGGUUCGUGGGUGAAAGACUCGGAAUGCGAGAAGAAAGACGCUUCAAAUAAAGUUAUAGAAGCCUUUGUUACGAACUGUCUUGAUACUGAUGUCAUGUAUACCGAAGCCUGCAACCGGCAAUUUAGCUUCUAAACUGAAAGAAACCAACGCAUAGUAUAAAUAUUAAACAAAAUAACAACUUGUAAUGCUUAACAGAUGUUUGGAGUUCUGGAAUUUUAUAUUUCUUGCAUAUCUUAGUCUCUUCAGUUCCAAAGUAAAUCACAAUCAAUAUUCCCAACUCAGAUCACUCAAAUCAGUGCUUAUUCACCCGUUUUCAACCUAAAUAUGAUCUUCCUAUACUGUUAUCAACAGAAAGCUGCCGCUGCCCCAAAAUUCUGUACACAAACUACUGGUCAACAUUUCCAUAUUUAAAGGUCACUGAAGACGAUAGGCUUGAAGGACUUUUUAGUGGAAUUGUCACAAAGAUGGUACACGAUGCUUGUGGCUACUGUCCCGCUCAUGGCGAUACAACCAUCGAUACAGCGACCAACGGCAAGGGAGAACGCGCAGCCAAAAGGGGCAUAUUACAAGUUCUUGAUGACAUGGAUGACGUUCCACAGAUUACCUUUCCUAUCUACGGUAAUCGUUACGUCACAAAGUUUAUGGGAGACAAUCCGUAUAUCAAUUUGGUGGAGUCCCCUGGAAUAGCUUUCAUUGCAACUGCUAGGCCCCCCGGAAAGGCCGCUUUGAACAUGGUAAUGGCUGUAUUGGGUACCGCUCCGUUGAUGGUGUUGUCUGCAUGCUUUGCUUUCAUAUCUGGAUUUAUAAUUUGGCUCUUGGUAAGUUAGUCAAAGCAACAAAUAACGUGAACAUUUCCCCUGCAUCAACGUUACUGAACCAAGUAUCAUGAUGCAUUUUACGCUGUUAUGUGUAAUUUGUAGUGAAACGAAUGAUACGAGAUUCGUUGCUUGCAGGAUACAAGGUCUAAUCCAGAUGAAUUUCCACCUGGUUUUAUGAAAGGUGUUGGUGAGGGAUUUUGGUGGUCUUUCGUAUCAAUGACAACUGUCGGGUAAUGUUACAUAGUGUGAUAACCGUGUUUUCUUCACUCAUUUACAUGUCGUUUUAAGAGAUCUAUCAAUGCAUUCUGUCAAAGCACAGUUGAGGCACAUUAUUACACAGUGAUAUAUCGUGGACGUUGGCCUAGUACCUGUCGAAAAGUUGCAUUCCAUAUACGAUGGUUUUUCUCCUGUAAAUAUUUUCGGUAACUUUUCUUCGCUUUAUUUUACCUCAAAUCGUAAAUUUACAAAGACAGUAAAGAUUUUCUCAAUCUUGUUGAAAAAAAAAAAAAAAAUUUUCCCCUCAAUUCUAUCAUUGAUAACCUUUGGUGAUUCAUUAGCAAUAAAAUAUUUUAAAAAGUACAGUUAUCAUAUUUUUGAUCCUUUUUGUUAUUUUACAGGUAUGGAGAUCGAUCACCCAGGUCCAUUCCAGCCCGUAUUUUCGGUAUAGUGUGGACUUUAACAGGACUCGUUAUUAUCGGAAUUCUCGUGGGCGCAAUCGCCUCUUCGUUAACCUCCGUAAACGUGCAGAAGGACAUCACCCUGUAUGGCGCCAAAGUAAGUUCUUACAGAUCGGCAUUUAAAUUUGCAUGGAAGCUUUCGAUACCUCAUGUCGACAAUUUUAAUGUCCUCUUCAGCAUAUUAGAGAACUAUCGUAUUAGAAUGAAACUAUACAUAAUCGUUGAUAUCGACAUAGUUUAUUGUCUCUUAAUGCAUAACACCGAUACCGCUAAGACUGUUAUAAUGAAAAUGAGGGCGACAGCAAACUAGUACCGACACUCAAUACUUGUUAGCAUGACUAGUUCCCCAUUCUCUUCUUUCCCACCUAGUGCCAAAAAGAGACGACAAAUACUCUUUGACCAAUAUUUUGACGUUUUAGAAAAUUAAUCAUGGGAGACGAUAGGCGAGGAUGUUCAGUUUUAAUUUUAGGGCAUCUCACGUCCCGAUAAAUAACAAAACGGCUCCAAAACUGCUUUAUUUUCUCAAAUAUCACCUUAGACGAGAUAUUUUUUUCAAAAGUAGUUGCUCGCUGAUUAAAAGCCAAACUACUAAGAACAUUACGCUAAGAGAUAUUUCUUAAAAUAAAUACUUUUUUCAGGUUGGGGCGAUACACAAUUCUUCGGAAUAUCGUUUAGGAAUACUGAAGAACGGAAAAGUAAACACAGGUAACAGCCGAUAUUAUUCCCCUUUUUUUUUUUUUUUUUUUUUUUUGACAAAAACAUUUGAAUUUAAUAAAAACAUCGUUUUUAAAAGGGUUAGAUUCAUGAUUAAGCUUUUUUGCUAGGAAGGGUUGCUGUGACAUCCAGGAACUUCCACAAUUAGGAGACAGGUGCUAAAUGGCGACAUCAAGCAGGAGGGGACAUGCAUACGUCGCAAUAAUGAUACAGUGGGGAGGGAUAGAAUAUGGGGAAGAGAGAAGACAGUCUUUUAACCACGAGCUUAAAAACACUCACAAUUUCCGCAAACGGGAGUGUGUCAUAGUCUGAGAGAAAAUGAGAUCGUGGAACAUGCAAAGAUGAAACACUGCGAAGUCACGCUUGAUUGUCAAGCCUGAGUUAAAUAGCAUACACCCGUGUUAAACUGUUUUGCGUGAAGGAUACCAAACAUUACAUUAACUGCAUUUUAAGACGUAAAAAAGUCGCUUAUUUAUAAUUUAUAACGAACAUUAUCUGUAACACAUGAAUGAUGCCACAACUAGUUAGUUUCUUGGUGAUCUGGUCGAGUGCAGUCACCAAAUGACGGAAUGCAAAAUAUUGACAAGACACGGAACAAGGACCAGGAGACACUCAAGAAAAUUGACUCAACUAUUUUUUGAUUGCUUAAUUUAUUAUUGGAUAAUGGUCACCGGUCACCGAUUGAUUAAUUGUUUUACUGAUUGAUCGGUAAAUUUCAGAACAUAAGUAUACAAAUUUAGAUGAGAUCAGAGUGGCAUUAGAAGAUGGCGAAAUAGAUGGCGCACUGUUGGACACUUAUGUGGCGGCCGAAAACAAAGGGACACUUCUCGACGACAGGGUGUUUGUGAAAGACAUUCUGGAUUAUCCAUUUGAUUAUGGAGUGGUUCUUUCAGGAGCGGCAAGGAAUGUUGAGCAAAGAUGCCGUGAUUACAUAGCCUUACAUAUCAGCGAGAUAUACAAAAUUGUAGAGAACAAGACAAAGACAGUUGAAGUAAGGAUAGUUAAAUAAUUAGAAAAGGCGGUCAGCUGCGAAUAGUUAUCGCAUCUUUUAGCCAUUUGUGAUUGACCUUAAAAUUCCGUGCUAGACCUGACUUUGACUUAUUCGCAGAGGGUUUGCUCGCUUGCUGUCGAUGUAUGUGCAAAGUCUCUCAUCAUACCAUUAAAAUUCACAUGGCGAAAACAGGUGCUGUGGCUGUUUUCGCGAGGUCAUUUGGGACUCGAUGCCAUUUUUUUCCCUUACUUCUUAAUAAUUUUUCUGUUCUUUGUAGUCAUUAAAACCUACCCUAAGUAGCCUUUCCGCCCACUGCUAUAACAACUGGAAACCUAUCGAUGCGAUAACAUUUGAUAUGUUACCUCAGGGUACGCCCGUCCGUGCAGACUCUUGAGGACUGGCAUGCAUCUUAAUCAGCAAAAGAAACUCAAAACCGAUAAGCUUUUCAUUAAUGUCCAUAGGCAUCCGAUGGCGGUUUAGCUGAGAGUACUGGACUAUUUGACCCUGCAUCUCAAAUGUUUCUUUUUGCGGUCGCUUCUCUGAUUGGUCUCUUGGUAAUGGCUGUGAUUAUUGGCCUUUUCUAUCAGUGUCUGGUAUUCGUUCCACGAGCAAAGAAAGGUAUGAUGAACAAAACCUAUACCUGAGUUUGCAGCUUUUGGGGUAAGUAAAGCGAGUUAAAUCAAACGGUCCAGGGGUAGUCCGAAGGAACAGCGGCUCUCUCUUUUCUGUGAAAUGUUGGAAACAAUUGUCAGCAAAAGAAAAUGGUAACAGCUGGCUGUCCCUGACUUUAUUUUACACAGCCAGUAUGUACUUAGGAGAGACAGACUAAUGUCGGUGCCAAGGUUUUGAAAGGCUAUUAGCCUUCUCUGUCAAGUUGUCAUAUCGGCAAAAGACAUGCAGAACUCUAUCACCAGUGUAAGUAAAGCGAGGCUUACUUCCACUCGGGUCACAUAAAAGUAUUUAGCAGUCUAACUUUGGAGAUAACAAGUUUUUCGUAGAACGAACAGAAAACUAGUCACCUAAACUUUUUUAAUUUUAAUUUUUUUUUUUAGGGGGGGUUGGGGGGCGGUGUUGGUCGAUAAAAACAAACAAAGUUAAAGCCGGUGCUUGGCACUGAAAAUGGUUAUUUCGUAAAUUUCAGAUCAAGAGAUGAAAGCAUCCUCAACACAUUUUGUGUAUAAGGAAGUCCUCGUGAAAGAGAUGAACGAUUUCGUUUAUGCUUUCUAUUCCAAGCUGUCCAGAAAGAUUGAUUUGAUAACGAAUAAGAAGAAAAAUGAAUUGAGAGAGAUGAAUGAACUGAAAAACGACAGACAGCAAGAAGCUCAGCUUUGGAAAUCAUCCAAAGAAAAAGCAAAUUCACCAGGAGGCAAGUAUAUAAAACGAGCUGGUGUGGCAUAUUUGCCUGACGAUUCUCCACAACAACCUAUCCACUAUAAUACAGCACAGAGUAUUCUCAGUCAGCAAAAAGAGGGAUGCCAGUCACAAAUUCUAUCUUCGAUGUAUCAGGCUGAUGACGCCAUAAGUGUUGACAGUGCUUGCGUUUCGAUGACAUCACCAGAUAACUGCUCCCUUCACCUCAGUGACAUCAAUACAACUCUUUAG